CCUACAUCUCCAACCUACCUCCAACCUUCUCUUCCAAUCGGUGUGUGUGUGUGUGUGUGUGUGUCACGUUCCUCAAGAUGAUGUUCAAGCCUUCAUCACCUCUCUUCUCGGGUCUUCUCUGGAAGAUCCCUUGGCGCAUCUCCGCCCCCCAGAAAGCCCGCCAGAGGAAGCGUCUCCGCGCCGUCGACCGAGUGGUGGACACCGUGAGCGCCGCGUUGGCCCGGAACGGCCAGAUGGCCAAGCCCGUGACUCGGUGGUUCAACGAGAUGCCCCGCGAGGAGGAGAUGCUUCCCAAGGACAAGUACACCAUCUUCGAUAAGAAGGAAAAGAAAUAUCGGAAGGGUAUUCACAAGUUGCCCAAGUGGACGCGAGUCAGCCAAAGAGUCAACCCCCCUGGUUUCUGAGGAAUUCAUCCUUUCGCGACGCAGGAAGCGUGUGAGGAGAGAGAGGACGGAUUAUCCACACAAGGGAGAGCCGAGAAUCGAGCUCUUCUUAUUCAGUCAAGCAUAUUCGGAAUUCUAUACUGUAUUAUACACCACCAACGUCCGUGUUGAUCAUCCUUUCCAUACAAUGCGACCAUUUAGCUGUGGAAAGGGGACAAAGGGCGGGAUCAUCGGAGUUUUACGGGGCAAUGGGAGAUGACACCAUAGAUGCAUUGGUUUUUCUUGAGAGUCAAAUGUUUCAUUCCACUCGCCUUACACCGUACACCAUUAUCUUCGCAUCGAAUGGUCAAGUCGCCAUUGGUAUCUUUGAACAGUUUAAAGAUAAAAGUUCCCAGGUGGACAGAUAGUCAUAUCAAAGAAAGACAGCUUGGAACU